UUAUAGUUUCAGAGGUUUAGCUCAUUAUCUUCAUGGUGAGAAGCAUGGAGGUGUGUAAGCAAAUAUGGUAGAUGCUGGAGAAGGAGCCGAGAGUUCUAUAUACAGAGCAGCAGGCAGCAGAAAGACAAUUCCACACUGGGCCUGGCUUGAGCAUCUGAGACCUCAGGUCAGGCUCUAGCUCCUCCAACAACAUUAUACCUACUUCAACAAGGCCACACCUCCUAAUAGUGCCACUCCCUAUGAGCCUAUGGGGCAAUUUUCUUCAAACCACCACAAUCCUUAAUUCCAAAGUGACCACCAAGCUGCUUCUGUCUUUGUGGAUUUACUCAUGUAUGGACAUUUUUAUAAAACUAGAAUUCAUAAUAUAUGGUCUUUUGUGAUACUUUUUUUCCUUGCAAAUACAAUUCUUUCAAUACUGUUAUAUGUUAUUGCCCAUGUCAGGGCUCCACCCCACUUACUGCUGAGCGUUCUGUUGCAUAGACAUACUAUGCUUUAUUUUUUCACAUAUUAACUGGCCUAACAGUUCCCACUUGCUACCGCUAUGACUGUCAGCGUUUCUGUAUGUGGUAGAUACAAAAUUCUGUGUCUCUUAGCUGUAUGAAGACGCCAGUUGAGUUUGAAUCUGGCUUUACCCAGUUUUCCUGGUUAACACUCCAGCAUUGUGUUUCCCCUUAUGAAAGACAGAAAGGGAGGAAGAAAAGAGGAAGUAGAAGAAGGAAGAGAAGUUGUGUCCAUCCAUUUGUCCUGUCUGAAGUUCCUGUGUACAUGACAGAUACAAGAAGGUUGGGGUUGAAAUGACAGCAUCAAAGUAAUUGGGUCAGAAUCUCCUACGAAGGGAAAGCUUUAUGAGAAGAAGGAAAUCUGGGUUGGCAAGGCGGCUCAUGGGCCAUGCUGGAGGGGAGCUUGGUCCUAAACCUGAAUUCACUCUUCAGAGCCAAUGUGGUAGAAGGAGAGCACCAACUCCCAUACGUGAUGUGUGUGCGCACACAAUCACAUCAAAUCAGAAAAGAAAAGAAAAUCUAAGCUGACUCGACAUUUGACAAGCUGAAGAAGAGGGGCCCACAGCAUAAGCAUGGUCUGGUGAACGGGUUGGAAACAGCUUGCUUAAGGAGUAAGAGGCAGUAGGCAAAACGAGGAUGAGACACCCCCACCCCUAACUCUGGGGAUCACAUAAUUUAAGGCACAGAACCACAAACUCAAAGACUUAAACACCAAUUUUGCAUAAUGUUAGGAAAUCAUUGAGAGUGAGGUUUAGAGGCAUCAGUCCCAUGACUAGACUGAAUGGGCAGGAUGACUGGCAGUUAGGAUGGACCUAUAUGGGGAAAUCUUGCCACAGCAAGCCCUAUCUCUAGGGCUUUUGGGACAAUUCUGGGCUGAGUAAAAUCACUGAAGAUAGCCAGCUGGGCAAAAGCCACAUCCAUCAUGGGGCUGGUUCCCUAAAGGACCCACAUCUAUGAGCAGGGAACUCAUCAUUUCUCUAUUACAUCAGGAGAUUUGUCACUCAGUGUUGAAACUGAUGCCAAGGGUUCUCUGCUAAUCAAACUAGAAUCACAGGUUGGAGGACAGGGUGGGCCCUCUGCCAGCUAAGCAAGGAGUUGGACCCAGAGGCACAGGACAUUGCAGUCAAACAUGCCAUCCCCUCUCUGGGAAUCCGGGCAAGCCGGGAGAGGCCUGGCAGUUCCUUUCAGCUGUGUCUGGAGCUUCCAUAGACAUCUCCUGAAAUCACACCUGUCAAGGCUCUUUCCAGCUGACCAGGCAAGUGGAGUUCAGUCCCAGAGGUUGCUGUCUGCAGCGGCUGACUGGGGCAACAGUCAGCUGGGGUGACUCCUGCAGGAAUCUGAGGGGAGACAAAGGCUUGGGAAGAGAACAGUUGGCAAUAACAGCAGUUCGUGGUGGUGAUGGUUGGUGAUUGGAUAAAGCUCCCACUGUGCUCCACAGUGAACCAGGGCGCUCAGGGCUCCCAGUGGAUAAGCGGUUUCCUUCUUAAAUGGCAAGUAGCGAUCCAAGCCUGGAGGCGGCGGUGGAGUGGAUUUCUCCCCAUCUGUGCACAUCAACGAGCAUGGGUCCUCUACCGAUACACUGGAGCAGCGUCUCUAAGAUACAAGCCUCCGUUACCCCUGGCUAGUCAUAACCCACAUCCCAAGACAGGUGCCACUCAGCAUUCCACACCUCUCCAGCCCCCAGUGCCAGUUUGUGCCUCUACACUGGGUGGGGGGAAUCCCAGCUUCACAGCUGUUCAGUGAGGGGUCCCCCUUAAGUACCACCAAGCUUCAAGGACCACUUUGAGGAGAUCUUAGCUUGGCGUUUUCCUAUGGUGAAAGCUAGCGAGCCUGGCCCUGGGCUGGGAGCAAGACAGAGGCAGCUCAGUGUUUUGCCAGAGUUUUCGCAGACACCUGGAGUGUCUAAGAAGUCACCAUCGGUAUUUUUCUUCCCUGUUAUCUAUAUCGUAUCGUUAUCAGGAUCCUAUUCGGGGCCAACGAAAGAGGGAAGGGGAUUAAAAAAAAAGAGACUGGCUACCCAGAGAGGGAAGUAUUAUCUGUCUAUAUCGAGAGCGUUCUUUGCUGCACAACUUUAUGACCUCAACCAGACUGGGUUCUGCCGGGCAGGGAAGGACUGGCGACUGUGUGCACCACUCACUAUCUUUCCCCUCCGAUGUAGGGCGGUGGAGGCUUCCCUAGGGCGUUCCAAAGCACACCGUUUCUCCUAGCGGGUUUCUUCUACCCUCCUCUCCCUCCACCGUACCCGCGGUAUAUCCAGACUCUCGUCCCUCUGGAGGGUGAGCUAGGGUAGCAGAGAAGCCCCAGCAGUGUCAGGCCUAUGAUCCUCGGGCUCUGGUGGCCCCAAGUCCCCCACCUGCGCGUGACUCCUCCUCCCGUCUCAAUUCCGCAGCGUCCGCACCCUGGCGACACGCUGUUUCGGCCACCGCACCUGCGUCAGGGUGGAGUAGGGGACAAUCUGGAGGUAGAAGGGGAAACAGGGAGGGUCUGGGGAGCACCACGGUAUCGGGUGAGCAACCUCGCCCGGGGUGGCGGAGCCCCCGCAGCCUAGAGCCUCCCACCCGAGUCUGCGGCACUGAUGCGCUGUCCGCGGUGCUGACGCCGGCCGGCUGCUCAGUAGGGAGGAGGAGCAGACGCCCUGGUUCCCUUGGUGCCCGGAGUCUGUCCUCGGUUCCCAAACAGUGUCUUUUACCCGAGAGGACUUCGCCGGAGUCCGGGCGCUGCGGUUGGAUUCAGGAACAAAAGAGCGAGCAAAGGGAACUUAAACUUCAGGCUGGAGCCCGAGAAUCGGAAGUCGGGUUUGACUCUCGAUAGCCCCCGCAGCCCCUGAGACCUCAAAGCGCCAAGUUGAGCAAAGUUUCCCAGAGGCUUGAGGAAGGAAGAGAUUCCGGAGCUCAAGCUCAGGGAAGGAAGGACGCGGAUGUCUAGCACGCUGACAGCCAGCACCGCAGUGGGACACCUGCUCCGGUGGGACGUGCUGGUGUCGCCAGAACGACCCGGAGGCGUCGCAGCAGCCCAACUCUCCACCCCUUCCUCCCUUCCCUACUCACCCCUCCCCAACACCCCGCCCCGUGCUCCGGUGACUCCGCCUUUCCGUGCCGGGUAGCUCUUCGGUGGUAGCAAGGAAGGGAAAGGACCGCUUUCCCGGAGGACUCGGCUCGGCUCUGAGGCUCCCAACCCGACACCGCCAGCUCAGUCCCAGUGGUGGAACAGGACCGCCUGCCAGGCUGCGCCUAGGCGCCACAGAGCCCCAGCAACCUCAUGGGACGCUCCAGAGGACUCUCUCUGUGCCCUGCUACCGUGUUCCAAUCCUAGGCGUCCAGACUCCACGGCUCAACCUGUCCGCAACCCCAAGGCCUGUCUGGAGAGGAGUAUGCGGCCCGGGGCCCCGUGGACUCCGGCCACCGGGCGGCACUGGCCUAGCUUCGGAGUCCGGAGCCCGAGGGCAGCAAGUGACGAUCCGCGGGUGGCUGUAAGGCGUCGGGGAGCGGAGAGAAGCGCUCCAACCCGGGUGCCCGCUGGGCCGCACGACUCACGGUGUGUGGCCUGAACACCCGGCAGGAGGCGGAGGCUCCCUGCCGUCCCGGUUCCAGGGAGGCUGCAGAGGGGCUCCGCGGCGGCCCCAGACCUCUGGCCACCAUCCUCACGCUCCUGCUCCUACGGCGGGGAUGUCACGGCCCCGGCUCCGAGCGCCGCCCCAGCCCCGGGGUUGAGCUGCGGACCAUGUCCUCCCGCAGCCCCCGGCCCCCGCCCCGCCGCUGCCGCCGCCGCCUGCCGCGCCCCUCCUGCUGCUGCUGCUGCUGCCGCCGCUCGCACCUCAACGAGGACACCGGGCGCUUCGUGCUGCUGGCCGCGCUCAUCGGCCUCUACCUGGUGGCGGGCGCCACCGUCUUCUCGGCGCUCGAGAGCCCGGGCGAAGCGGAGGCGCGGGCGCGCUGGGGCGCCACGCUGCGCAACUUCAGCGCGGCGCACGGCGUGGCAGAGCCGGAGCUGCGCGCCUUCCUCCGGCACUACGAGGCCGCACUGGCCGCCGGGGUCCGUGCCGACGCCCUGCGCCCGCGCUGGGACUUCCCCGGAGCCUUCUACUUCGUGGGCACCGUGGUGUCGACCAUAGGUUUCGGCAUGACCACCCCAGCCACAGUGGGUGGGAAGGCCUUCCUCAUCGCAUAUGGACUGUUUGGCUGUGCGGGGACCAUCCUGUUCUUCAACCUCUUUUUGGAGCGCAUCAUCUCUCUGCUGGCCUUCAUCAUGCGCGCCUGCCGAGAGCGCCAACUGCGCCGCAGCGGCCUGCUGCCCCCCACCUUCCGUCGAGGCUCCGCACUGUCGGAGGCCGACAGCCUGGCGGGCUGGAAGCCCUCGGUGUACCACGUGCUGCUCAUCCUGGGCCUGUUCGCAGUGCUGCUAGCAUGCUGCGCCUCGGCCAUGUACACCAGCGUGGAGGGCUGGGACUACGUGGACUCGCUCUACUUCUGCUUCGUCACCUUCAGCACCAUUGGCUUCGGCGACCUGGUGAGCAGCCAGCACGCCGCCUACCGGAACCAGGGGCUCUACCGCCUGGGCAACUUUCUCUUCAUCCUGCUUGGCGUGUGCUGCAUCUACUCACUCUUCAACGUCAUCUCCAUCCUCAUCAAGCAGGUGCUCAACUGGAUGCUGCGCAAGCUGAGCUGCCGCUGCUGCACGCGCUGCUGUCCGGUGCCCGGCGCGCCCCUGUCACGGCGCAAUGCCAUCACCCCGGGUUCCCGGCUGCGCCGCCGCCUGGCCGCGCUAGGUACCGACCCCGCGACCCGCGACAGCGACGCCGAGGGCCGCCGCCUGUCGGGCGAGCUCAUCUCCAUGCGCGACCUCACUGCGUCCAACAAGGUGUCGCUGGCGCUGCUGCAGAAGCAGCUGUCCGAGACGGCCAACGGCUACCCGCGCAGCGUGUGCGUCAACACACGCCAGAACGGCUUCUCGGGCGGCGUGGGCGCGCUGGGCAUCAUGAACAACCGGCUGGCAGAGACCAGCGCCUCCAGGUAGAGCGGCCGCCCGCCCCCAGCGCCGCGGACCCUGCUCGGGCUGCGCGCGGUAGGGCGGGUUUGCUUCAGUUCUUCUCUCCGAGAUGGCGCUUUCUUAAUCUUUAUCCAAUAAAAACGAAACAAAAAAAAAAAAACCCACAAAAACAAAAAAUGUUUUCUAAAGAAAUACUAUUUGGCCAGGCCUGACGUUAUCAAGGGCAAGUUUAAGAUGAGACUGUGAUCUUUUGAGUCCCCUCUUGGAGAAGCGUGGCCGCCAACAGAUUUCUCUUCCUGGAAAAGAGAAAAAGUGGCACCCCAAAUCUACCCCCCUCCCCGCGCCAGUGCAUUCCUGGGCUUUGCAGACAGGCACCAAAGCCUUCCCCAUGCGCAUAAGCAGCUGGCAACCCCGAAGCAUAUGGUGCCGCCUUUCAUGGCUCUGAAUUACCUCCUC